UUCUCAGCAAAGGGGAGCUAAGAAGUGGUUUCCAGAUUAUGAAUUUUCGAAGCAGUUUGAAGGUCCAGUAAUGUAUCCAGAUGAGAGGUCUUCCCUGUGGAAGAUGCCAUCAUGGAACCACAAGCUUGCUCCAGUUGAGAAGAAAGUUCGCAAUUUGACCCUUAACUUUGGCCCUCAGCAUCCAGCUGCACAUGGUGUCUUGCGACUUGUCCUGGAACUCGAUGGAGAGACUGUGAUGAGGUCUGAUCCUCAUAUUGGCCUUCUGCACCGAGGCACAGAGAAGCUGAUUGAGUACAAGACAUACACACAGGCAUUACCAUAUUUUGAUCGUCUGGACUAUGUAUCAAUGAUGUGCAAUGAACAGUGCUACUCAUUGGCUGUAGAGAAACUUCUCAACAUUGAUAUUCCAAAGAGGGCCAAGUACAUUAGAACACUGUUUGCUGAGAUAACUCGAAUUUUGAACCACAUUAUGGCUAUUGGCACUCAUGCGUUGGAUAUUGGUGCACUGACACCGUUCUUUUGGCUGUUUGAGGAGCGUGAGAAGAUGAUGGAGUUUUAUGAGCGAGUAUCUGGAGCCAGAAUGCAUGCUGCAUAUAUUCGUCCAGGCGGUGUAAGCCAGGAUUUGCCACUUGGACUGCUGGAUGACAUAUAUGAGUUCAGCAGCAAGUUUGGAGAGCGUUUGGAUGAAGUGGAGGAUCUUCUGACAGCAAACAGAAUUUGGAUCCAGCGUACUGCUGAUAUUGGUGUUGUGUCUGCUGUGGAUGCUCUCAAUUAUGGCUUCAGUGGAGUCAUGUUACGUGGUUCUGGCAUCAAGUGGGAUUUACGUAAAGCACAGCCUUAUGAUGCCUAUGAUGAAGUUGAGUUUGAUGUUCCUAUUGGUACGAAAGGAGACUGUUACGACAGGUACCUGUGUCGUGUAGAGGAGAUGCGACAGUCUUUGAGAAUUAUUGAACAGUGUUUGAACAAAAUGCCACCAGGAGAGAUCAAAACUGAUGACAUGAAGAUAACACCUCCUUCACGUUCUGAGAUGAAGACAUCAAUGGAAGCACUUAUUCAUCACUUCAAGCUUUUCACUCAGGGGUACACUGUUCCAGCUGGAUCCACAUAUACAGCCAUAGAGGCCCCAAAAGGUGAAUUUGGUGUAUAUCUUGUGUCAGAUGGAAGUUCCAAGCCAUAUAGGUGCAAAAUAAAGGCACCUGGAUUUGCCCACCUUGCUGCCAUUGACAAAAUUGGCAAGAAUCACAUGUUGGCUGACAUUGUUGCUAUUAUUGGGACACUGGAUGUUGUUUUCGGUGAGAUUGAUCGUUAAUUCAUAGCUGUAGAUAAGAAAUUGUGUUAUAAUUUGUCUUCAGUUAAUGUUAUGUUGUAGCUUUUAGAACUACUGUAAAUAUUAUAAUUUAAUAAAAGUAAUAUAACAGUUG